AUGGGGAGGGGGCGGGUGGAGCUGAAGCGGAUCGAGAACAAGAUCAACCGCCAGGUCACCUUCGCCAAGCGCCGCAACGGGCUGCUCAAGAAGGCCUACGAGCUCUCCGUGCUCUGCGACGCCGAAGUCGCGCUCAUCAUCUUCUCCAACCGCGGCAAGCUCUAUGAGUUCUGCAGCGGACAGAGCAUCACAAAAACACUUGAGAGGUACGAAAAAAGCAGUUAUGGAGGACCAGAUACUGCUGUACAGAACAAGGAGAACGAGUUAGUCCAGAGCAGUCACAAUGAGUACCUUAUACUAAAAACAAGGGUGGAUAAUUUACAGAGGACUCAGAGGAAUUUGCUUGGUGAAGAUCUGGGGUCACUUGGUAUCAAAGAGCUUGAGCAGCUUGAGAAGCAACUUGAUUCAUCCUUAAGGCACAUAAGAUCCACAAGGACACAGCAUAUGCUUGAUCAGCUCACUGAUCUUCAGAGGAGGGAGCAAAUGCUGUGUGAAGCAAAUAAGUGCCUUAGAAGAAAGCUGGAGGAGACCAGCAACCAGGUGCAUGGCCAAGUGUGGGAGCACGGUGCCAACUUACUCGGCUACGAGCGGCACUCCCCCCCACAGCAGGCCCCAUCGCAUGUUGGCAAUGGAUUACUCUUUCAUCCCCUGGAAGCUGCAGCAGAGCCAACCCUGCAGAUCGGGUUCGCUCCUGAGCAUAUGAAUAACUUCAUGCCGACAUGGCUACCCUGA